AGUAGUGGAAGAGACAGACAGACAGCUGGAGAGAGAAGUGUUGAUAGGAGAAAGACACAGGAUGAUAAGCACACACUCACCCCACCCCAAACCAGGCUCGGAAAGUUGAGGUUUCCUAAGGAAAGUGACAGCUAAGCUGAGGCCUUGAGGAUGAAGAGAAGUUAGCCAGCCAAGAAGGUAUGGAAACAGUUUUCCACACAAAUGAAAGUCUGUGCAAAGGUCCAGGCUGAGAGAAAUCAUGGAACCUAAAAGGAGGCAAAAGGGCCCAGGACAGCAGGAACUCAGUGCUGGGGGUGGAGGCAGCAGGAGGCAGAACGAGAAAGCACUUCAACAUUACCGACUUAGGACAUUCUCUUGAGGGCAAGGACAGACUACUAACGGGUUUUAAGCAGGAUAAUUGGUAUUGUUCACAUAUAAGAUGGGCAGUAAACAUUUGUUCUGAUGUAUCAAAUAACCUUUUGAAUUUAAUUCUAGUCUUCCCUCUACCCUAAAUCAACACUUCUGACAUCAGUGAAGAAUAUACAGAAUUCCUAAACAAUAGAAGUUCUGGAUAACACCUAGCACAGCACUGUCCAAUAAAACCAUAAUGUGAACCACAUAUGCCUCUGCCUUCGGAAGUUACAAGAUGAUCAAUUCGACCUCCACACAGCCUCCAGAUGAAUCCUGCUCUCAGAACCUCCUGAUCACUCAGCAGAUCAUUCCUGUGCUGUACUGUGUGGUCUUCAUUGCGGGAAUCCUACUCAAUGGAGUGUCAGGAUGGAUAUUCUUUUACGUGCCCAGCUCCAAGAGUUUCAUCAUCUAUCUCAAGAACAUUGUUAUUGCUGACUUUGUGAUGAGCCUGACUUUUCCUUUCAAGAUCCUUGGUGACUCAGGCCUUGGUCCCUGGCAGCUGAACGUGUUUGUGUGCAGGGUCUCUGCCGUGCUCUUCUACGUCAACAUGUAUGUCAGCAUUGUGUUCUUUGGGCUCAUCAGCUUUGAUAGAUAUUAUAAAAUUGUAAAGCCUCUUUGGACUUCUUUCAUCCAGUCAGUGAGUUACAGCAAACUCCUAUCAGUGAUAGUAUGGAUGCUCAUGCUCCUCCUUGCUGUUCCAAAUAUUAUUCUGACCAACCAGAGUGUUAGGGAGGUUACACACAUAAAAUGUAUAGAACUGAAAAGUGAACUGGGACGGAAGUGGCACAAAGCAUCAAACUACAUCUUCGUGGGCAUCUUCUGGAUUGUGUUUCUUUUGUUAAUCGUUUUCUACACUGCUAUCACAAAGAAAAUCUUUAAGUCCCACCUUAAGUCCAGUCGGAAUUCCACUUCAGUCAAAAAGAAAUCUAGCCGCAACAUAUUCAGCAUCGUGUUCGUAUUUUUUGUCUGUUUUGUACCUUACCAUAUUGCCAGAAUCCCCUACACAAAGAGUCAGACCGAAGCUCAUUACAGCUGCCAGUCAAAAGAAAUCUUGCUGUAUAUGAAAGAAUUCACUCUGCUACUAUCUGCUGCAAAUGUAUGCCUGGACCCUAUUAUUUAUUUCUUUCUAUGCCAGCCAUUUAGGGAAAUCUUAUGUAAGAAAUUGCACAUCCCAUUAAAAGCUCAGAAUGACCUAGACAUUUCCAGAAUCAAAAGAGGAAAUACAACACUUGAAAGCACAGAAACUUUGUGAGUUCCUACCCUCUUCCAAAGAAAGACCACGUGUGCAUGUUGUCAUCUUCAAUUACAUAAGAGAAAUCAAUAAGAUAUGCGUCCUCAUCAUAAAUAUCAUCUCUAGCACUGCCAUCCAAUUUAGUUCAAUAAAAUUCAAAUGUAAGUUUCCAUGCUUUUGUAACAUCAAAGAAAACAUACCCAUCAGUAAUUUCUCUAAUACUGACCUUUUAUUAUCUAUUAAUAAAAAAUUAAUACAAUUAUCCAAUUCUAUUAUAUUAAAAUAAGUUAAAGUUUAUAACCACUAGUCUGAUCAGUUAAUGUAGAAAUUUAAAUAGUAAAUAAAACACGACAUAAUCAAAGACAACUCACUCAGCCAUCUUCUUUCUCUAAACACCAGAAUCUAGUAUGUAAUUGCUUUCAACACUGUCCUUAAAGACUAACUUGAAAGCAGGCACAGUUUGAUGAAGGGCUAGAGAGCUGUUUGCAAUAAAAAGUCAAGUUUUUUUUCCUGAUUUGAAGAAGCAGGAUAAGCAGACACCCAGACAAACACUUAAGAAACCCCUUAUUGAUUUACUUCUUGGCACUCCAAAGGAAAAGGAAUAUUAAUUGUAUACUUAGCAAGAAAUUUUUUUUUUCCUGAUAGCACUUUGAGGAUAUUAGAUACAUGCUAAAUAUGUUUUCUACAAAGACGUCAUUUAACGAGCCUGGGGUUCUGGUGUUAGAAUAUUUUUAAGUAGGCUUUACUGAGAGAAACUAAAUAUUGGCAUAUGUUAUUAGCAACUUCCCCUGUUCAAUAGUAUGGGAAAAAUAAGAUGACUGGGAAAAAGACACACCCACACCGUAGAACAUAUUCUAUUGGCAAAUGGGAAAGGAGACCAUUUUCUUAGAAAGCAAAUAAACUUGAUUUUUUUAAAUCUAAAAUUUACAUUAAUGAGUGCAAAAUAACACAUAAAAUGAAAAUCCACACAUCACAUUUUUCUGGAAAACAGACGGAUUUUACAUCUGGAGACAUGGCAUACGGUUACUGGCUUAUGAGCUACCAAAACUAAAUUCUUUCUCUGCUAUUAACUGGCUAGAAGAUACUCAUCUAUUUUUCAAAUGUUCUUUCAAAACAUUUUUGUAACUAAUCUUUAUAUCUAUUUCAUGCUUUACUGUCUACAUACUAAUAAAGAAAUGUUUCAAUACUG